AUGCCAUCAAUUCGACUUGAUAAAUCUUCGUGGCAUCAUAUUAAAGCGUUGCAGUUAGCAGACCCAAAUUGUCACAAACCUGGUCCAGUCGAUCUUCUUAUAGGUGCGGAGUGCUUUGCUUCGCUUCUGUUGCCGGGAUCAAUUAAAGGUGACACCAAUCAACCGUCAGCUCUUAAUUCCGUAUUCGGUUGGCUGCUGGUCGGGAACGUCGGAUACGUAGAGCCUGAAGCACACUCGUUCUUCAUUCAUGAGGAGCCACAACUUCAUGAAGAGUUGAAGAAAUUAUGGCAGCUGGAGGAAUUGAGCGUUCUUCCUUCGAAACCUCUCACCGUCGAAGACGAGAGAUGCGAGCAAAUCUUCAAAGACCUUCAGGAGAGAGAUCACGCUGGUCGAUACAUUGUAUCUUUGCCUUUCAGAAACGAUGAGCACGAGACUACCUUUCCCGGAUCUCGUGAUACAGCUUUGAGGUGCUUUCAUUCAAUUGAGAAACGCCUCCUCAAGAACAGGAGUUGUAUGAAAAAUACUGCGACUUCAUGA